AGCGCGCCGGGCCACCCGCUCCCCGCGCCUCGCUCGGCCACGACGCGUUCCGACCUUCCCAAAUCCCCAAAACCAAAACUUAACCCGUCGCGAGUGCAUUAUGACACUUGUCACAUUAGUGAGCUAGCGGGCAGUGACAGUGUCCAUUCAUAUAUAUAUAUAUGUCGAGGUGUUGUGUUCACGUGUAGUGUAGUGUUAGCUUGGGCCCGUGACGAAAAACAUUCGUGGUGGCCAGCGGAGCCCUGCACCCGGGCUCGGGGCGAGCUUUCAUGGCUCAGCCUAGGUACGACGAGAGCCUCCACGGCGGGGGCUACAUGGAGGGCGGCGCGAUGUACCACGAGCACAGAUUGACGCACCCGCACAUCCCCCCCGUGCACUACCCCCCGCCAGCUGCGCCUGCGCACGCGCUGCCGGGCGAGCCGCUAGUGCACAAGCGAGACAAGGACGCCAUAUACGGGCACCCCCUCUUCCCCCUCCUGGCGCUGAUCUUCGAGAAGUGCGAGCUGGCGACGUGUACCCCCCGCGACCCUGGCGUGGCCGGUGGAGACGUUUGUUCCUCAGAGUCCUUUAACGAGGAUAUCGCGGUCUUCAGUAAACAGAUACGCCAAGAAAAACCUUAUUACAUAGCAGACCCUGAGGUCGACUCAUUAAUGGUGCAAGCGAUACAAGUACUACGGUUUCACCUAUUAGAAUUAGAAAAAGUGCACGAGCUGUGCGACAACUUCUGCCACCGCUACAUCAGUUGUCUGAAGGGCAAGAUGCCCAUCGACCUGGUGAUCGAUGAGCGGGAGUCAGCGCGGCCGCCCGACACCAACGGCGAGCCCCGCUCCGCGCCUGACAGCAGCCACGACGGCGCGUCUACCCCCGACGUCAGGCCACCGUCGUCGUCGCUGUCUUACGGCGGCGCGGUAAACGACGACGUGCGCUCACCUGGCUCCGGUGGCACACCCGGCCCCCUGAGUCAGCCCCCGCCGCAGACCCUCGACGCGACAGAUCCAGAUGCCAUGGGCAAAUGGUGCGGGUCGCGACGGGAAUGGUCAUCGCCGCCGGAUGUGGCGCGGCGAGUCUACUCCUCAGUAUUCCUGGGCAGCCCCGGAGAGUAUCCAGGGGACGCCAGUAAUGCGAGUAUCGGCUCCGGCGAGGGUACGGGGGAGGAAGACGACGACACGAAUGGGAAGAAGAACCAGAAGAAACGGGGAAUCUUCCCGAAGGUCGCCACAAAUAUCCUGAGAGCGUGGCUCUUUCAGCACUUAACGCAUCCCUACCCCUCGGAGGACCAGAAGAAACAAUUGGCACAGGACACAGGGUUAACGAUACUACAAGUAAAUAAUUGGUUUAUCAACGCGAGACGUAGGAUAGUACAGCCGAUGAUCGACCAGUCGAAUAGAGCAGUGUUCUACCCCGCAGUGUUCCCCCACGCCGGGCCCAGCGGCGCAUACAGCCCUGAAGCCACCAUGGGGUACAUGAUGGACGGCCAGCAGAUGAUGCACAGGCCCCCCACGGACCCCGCCUUCCACCAGGGCUACGCGCACUACCCCGCCGAAUACUACGGCCACCAUCUUUAAUCCAUGCACUUGUAAAUAUAUGAAUAAAAAUAUACCAUCGUGCGGCCUCACCUGGGCUGGUGACCACUUCAUGAUGAGCUGAUGAGAACAUGAGACCACGGAGGGCUCGCGGGAAGGCCUUCCUCAGCGCACACGUGAUACGAACAACAGGAGAACGAUGCUAAAUGUACAUAAACGCGAAACAUUUUGUAAUAUUUGAAACAGUAUACGAUCUCCUAAAAUAAGAUUUAAAGUCAACUUUAAAUAAAAUUAAAUGUAAAUUUACGCGAAGUGACUACGGACGCUGUAUGAUAGAAGAAGCCGGUGCAAUCACCUAAAUAUAAAUAAAAUAAAAUGAAUCAGUUUUAUCACUCGGAACUAUAUGAGCAAAGUUGAUGAAUGUAACAAUAAAAACGGUUUGAUAGUUAUCGUAUAAAUAU